CACUUCCCUUUCCUUUCUUCCCAUCUCUCACUGCCCCGACAUUCAAUUCCAGCUGCGACUUGCGUAGGACGAACGAACAGAGUUGCGCCGCGCCGAGAAGCGCAGACACGGUCAAGCUCGAAUCACUUGCAUCUUUUGCGACGAACACGUUCCUGUCUUCACGACUGCUCCACUGCGCACGACAUUAGUUCGGAGCCUUGCCGACCGCUUCUCAUCGCUCUUGCGCCCGUACGCCGCUGUUCUGCGCCUGCCUAACGGACGUCGAAUUCUCAGAGCCCCCUCCAAGUCACGCCGAGGUGGUAAUGGUGCAGCCCACGCCGCCCUCGUCCACGUCGUCGAACAAUGGCGCUUCUCCCGAUGGCCAACCUUUUGCGGGACGCGUGAUACGUAAGCGUAAUCGCGUUCCACUCUCGUGUGGGCCUUGUAGACAUAGGAAGUUGAAGUGCAACCGCUCGCAUCCAUGCGACAACUGCUCCAAGAGAGGUGACACGGCGAAUUGCAGCUAUGCGACACCCGGCGGCAGGAAGAAGGGUGCUGGAGUGGGAGCCAAUGCCUCGCCGGACGACAUGCAAAACCGCAUUGACAGACUGGAAGGUUUGGUACUUUCGCUCAUGACCAGUGGAGCGCAGCCCGCGACCACGUCUGCGGCGCAGGCUGCCAUCGGCAACAGUCGCAACGACAGUCUAAGCUCUGGAGCAGACCUCAAGCUAGAUCCAGUGAUCCGUGAAGAGGGCGAAGGUGAGGACGAAAGUGAAGUUGAAGGCAUCUCCCGUGGAAUUGGGAUCAUGAAAAUGGACAACGGCAGAGCAGUGUUCGCUUCAGACGUACAUUGGUAUGCAAUUUUAGGCGAAAUCAGCGAAGUGAAGAAAUAUUUUGAAAGCCACAAGGAGGAUUACAAGCAACAUUUGGAGAAAGUGCAGGCUGCGAAGGCAGAGGCAAGCUCAGGCGGCGCAUUCCUCCUCCAGGGAUUGCCUGCGAAGGAUAAGAAUGAAUUGCUUGCGGCGUUUCCUUCCAAAGCGGAAGCCGAUCGACUGAUAGCGCGCUACUUCAACGCGUAUGACCCCUCGGUCCAUAUCAUUCACGGGCCAUCCUUUCAGAAGCAGUACGACACUCACUGGUUAAAUCCGCACGAGACAAGCGUGGUCUGGCUUGGCUUAUGCUUUGCGAUGAUGACUCUGGCACUCCAGUCCUACCAUAGAGCAGGUGAUGAGCCACCAGAAUAUCGGGGCAGAACGCUCGAGCUGUCACGCGCACACCGGAAACUGACUGCGCAGUGUUUGCUUCUGGGCGACAUAACACAACCCAACCCACUGACGCUGGAAACGCUGGUACUUCACAUGCAGGCUGAAUAUGGAAGGAGUCGAGACGCUGAGCCUUCCGUGCUACUUCUCACUGGUUUGUGCGUGAGGCUCGCGAUGCGUAUGGGCUAUCACCGCGAUCCUGGCCCGCAUCCAGCGAUCACACCAUUCCAAGGAGAGCUUAGACGGCGGGUAUGGACAUUUGUGCGUCAGUUUGAUUUGCUGAUAUCAUUUCAAUUUGGCCUUCCUGCAAUGAUUCGAACAGAUCAUUCGGACACAGAGGCUCCUCGCAAUCUGUACGAUGAUGAGCUUCAAGAAGACAUGAAGAGCCUCCCACCCUCCAGGCCAUCUUUCGAAGCAACUCCGAUGUCGUAUAUGAUCACGAAAAGCAGAAUGACGUUCCUAUUUGGUCGCAUCGUGGAGCGCUCACAAUCUGUAACGAAUCCGCCAUCUUACGAAGAGACGCUGAAGUUCGAUGCAGAGUUGCGCGAAAUGAGGUCGCAGCACCCCCCGUUAUUGCAGAUGCGGUCAUUCCACGAGUCCGCUCGUGACCCAGCCAAUCUGAUCAUGCAAAGGCUUGGGUUGGAGAUGGUGUAUCUCCGGAGUCUUUUCGUGCUUCACCGACGAUUCAUCGCCCGUGGCCGAGAAUCAGCUCGAUACGCUUAUUCUCGGCGCACAUGCUUGGAUGCCUCCAUGGAGUUGCUUGACCACCAAGCCACUCUGCAUAGGGAAUCUCAGCCUGGCGGACGCUUGCGCUCUGUGAAAUGGUACAUAUCGUCAUUGACCACGCACGACUUCCUGCUAGCAGCUAUGCUCGUUUGUCUGGAUCUAUACCAUACGGCAGAGGCAGAGCGCAAAGGGCGCAACACUGCUCAGCCGGGAUCGCCCUUGGCUGCUGAUGUCUACGACGAAGGCAGACGAGCGCAUAUGAUGCAAGCUGUCGAACACUGCAUCACCAUUUGGGAGUCCGUGCGUGACCAAAGCAUGGAGGCAUACAAGGGCUCUGUGGCGCUCCGGGUUAUGGUGGAGAAGCUCAAAGCACAUCAAUUACAGAAGACGAUGCAAGGGAACUCGCAGUCGCAGGCAGGGCCAGCAUAUGCUAAUCGAAAUGGCGCCAUGAACUAUGGCAUGUUUCCAAAUGCAAGCGGUGUGGCGAUCGACACAGACGACCUCCCGCCUGAGCAGUCGGCAGCAAUGACGCUGGGUAUGUUGUCUUCAGGAGGCAUCUCGCCAGGGUUUGGCAUGAGCACGACAUCAGCGCCGCAACAGCAGGCAUAUCCGGCGAGCAUGGCGACGCUGCUCAAUAACGAACCUCCAAGCGAACGGACUGGCUUGACGCCACAAUAUUCUGGACCAGAGGUGACGGGUAUGGGAAAUGGCAUGGCAGGCGCUGCCAGCCCAUUGAGCCAGAUGCUGGGUCAGAGCAGCGGUUUUGCAAUGGCGGAGAACGAUAUCGAUUGGGGCGCGUGGGACUCUUACAUCCAGGGCACGAGUAACGAUGCCGGACAGAUGUGGCCGAUGAAUCUCGACCUCGCGGUGGAUGCUAACGUGCAGAGCAAUCAGCAGCAACAAGCGCAACAGCAGAAUGGGAACUCGGUCUUUCCGACGACGAUGCCUGGAGGCAACGCGAUGUGACAUGAUGAUGAUGACCAUUGUACAUUUAGAGAGCCACCGACGCUCGACACGAACAUGAAGAUAUGAGGAUGCGGACGUUGGGACACAGGGCAUCACAGAGUGCGCUCGUGCUGGCGAAGAUUCGGCUAGCAGAAGUAGCGGAUAGUGGGCCUCGCGAAUGCCGUGGCCACGUUCUCGCCUCUCCUCCGCC